AUGGAGUUCUUUGAUUCGAAGCUCGAGUGCUUGAAGAUUAAGCAUCCCUUAACAGGGCCCAAAAUUGAUAUACAUGGUUCAAGUAAUGGCUUAGUUUGUCUUUCAUAUGAACUGGGGAAUUUGGAUACUGCUAUAUACCUAUGCAACCUAUCAAUUCAGAAACAUGUGGUCCUUCCUCCCACCAGCAUUCUGUGCUUCCCCUGGCCUGAAUAUGCCACUGCUGUUGCAUUCGGGUUCCACCCCGGGCUUAACGACUACAAGGAGGUAAGGUUGCUCGCAUUUUUUGUGGGGAACUGCAUUGAAGUGGAGGUUUAUAGUUUGAGCACAAACUCUUGGAAGAGGAUUGAUGCAAUUCCUGCUUCCAUAAAGACCCUGGGGAAAGGAUGCUACUCAUUGUUUAUUGUCUUUCGAUACCGAGACAGUGAGGUGUUUGAAGAGCUUCUGCUACCAGAUGCUGUUGAACCGAUGCCAUAUUAUUGCCAGGUAUUAAUUUCGGAGUACAAUGGAUCAAUUUGCCUGUUGCUGUCCAAUCUAGAUUUCAGAGCUAGUAAUGACUACAUUGACAUGUGGGUUCUCCAAGAAAAGUCUUUCAAGAAGUUGCUGACUGUUUACCUUCCUGGAAAGUGGAGCUUUUUACCCUUUGGCCAUUAG